UGAUCCAUCAUCAUCAGAAUGAGAUAAAGAUCAUAAGAAAAAUAUAAAGAAUGUAUGGAUAGACACCACCUACAUCCCUAGGGUUUACACAUGUAAGAGUAUGUGACACAAGUUCUCCUUGUAAAGGUGAUUACUUGGGAUCCUCGUAGAGGGAAUAUAAUUUACUUCAACCCGCUGGUUUAGGAAAUCUCAAAGAGGAAAAGUCGGUUCCCUGUUACGGACUGAACAGACCAGCAUGAGGAAAGAAUAAUGGCGGUGGGUCCCAAUGUAUCAAGGACAAAUUACUGUCAGGCGAGCAAAAAUCUAUAUCUCCCCUACAAAUAAUUCCACUCCACCCCACUCCAUCAUUAAACAUUUCGCCAAAGCCAUGACGGAAAUGCGCAGAGCAAGUCUCAGAACAGCCACAGCCCUCUUUCUGGCCACAAUUUUCUCAUACGGGGAGGCCACACGCUUCACGCUGGUGAACGAAUGCAAGCACAUUAUAUGGCCUGGAAUCCAGCCAGGUGCCGGUCACCUUCUCCUGGAGCGAGGCGGCACGUGUCUGGAACCACAGACGGCGAAGUCCUUCGAGGCCCCAGUAGGGUGGUCUGGUCGAAUUUGGGGGCGCUCAAACUGCUCCUUCGACGAAGCUGGUAACAAUGGCGGCUGCACCACCGGCGACUGUGGCGGCUCCUUCUUCUGCAACGGCAUGGGCGGUGUUCCGCCCGCCACUCUCAUCGAAAUCACGCUCUCCUCCUCCUCCUCCUGCAACGACUCUGCCUCUGCCUCCACAGCCGCCUGCAGUGACUUCUAUGACGUCAGUCUGGUCGACGGCUUCAAUUUGCCCGUAGCCAUUUGCCCUGCGGAGAGUGGGACGGGAAACUGUGGGUUAGCUGGGUGUAUGAAAGAUCUGAAUGAGCUUUGCCCUGCGGGACUUAGGGUUGAGGAGGAAGGGCGCGUUGUGGGCUGCAAAAGCGCCUGUGCUGCCUUCAAUUCGCCAGAGUAUUGCUGUACUGGUCGCUAUGGUGAUCCCCAUUCUUGUUCGCCUAAUACUUAUUCUACACUUUUCAAGGCUGCUUGUCCUGCUGCUUAUUCCUAUGCCUUUGAUGAUGCUUCCAGUCUUCUCACCUGUUCUGCUCAUCCUCACUAUGUCAUUACCUUCUGUCCUUCUGAUGCCUGAGAGGCUCUUUUCUUUGCCCUGUACAGUGAAUGAAUGUGCUGUAAAGCUCUGUUGGUGUUAAAGAUUGUUUUUUUAGGGCAGGGAAUGGGAAUGUGAUCGAUCUGAACAGUGGUAUGUAUGAAGAGGUCCCCAUUAAAGGUUUUGUUUUGCCUGUAGUGGGGUUUGAAAUGAAAGAAAGAAAACAACUGUGGUUUUCGUUCCGUCUCUUUGGUUUUAGUCAAAAAGUGACCUGCAGUUCCUUUGGCCCCGCUGUGUUUGCGCGCCAUGUGAUCUGCACGGUUAUACUGUUUUUGAUUUUUUUUACUGUUCAAUUAUUAGACGCGCCUUUUAUUUAA